UAUGCCCUUUGCGAUGUUCUAAAUUAUUAUUGAUCAUUGGCCAUUACACGAUCGCAGUUCGUGAUUAGUGCAUGGUUAGCAAAGUGAUAAUUUGUGUUCGAUGAUAAGAUGAUACCACGAACUUGUAUUCACAAUGUUCUAGCCGGUUUUCAAGAAGUUGGAAUUUAAGAUAUCAAAUAAGGGCAUGUUAAUUAAUUUUCAAUAACAUUACAUUAUUUUACGUAUUUGUUCUUUACAUUCAUUGACCGAAAUUCGUUAUCGUUAAUCCUAACUAUAUUUUAUAAUAGUACCUAGUGAUUCGCGUGUAUAGUGUAUUAAUUAAAUACCAACAGCAGCAAUUAGUAAGUCGGUACCUAAAUACCUUUGUAAUGUAAAUAUUUUGAAGAUAAAGAACUUCGACGAAAUGAACCAAUAACACCUUCAAUACAUAAUAAUAAUAUAUAUAUAGGUAUAAUAAAUAAUAUAAAUAUAGUAGGUAUAAUAUACCUACUUUUUAAUAAUAAAACAAAUUUCGCGACCGAGUACUGAAUAAAUUACUAACGAACAUGUAUACACGUAAAGUCGGUUUUUACGUUAGGCAAAAUUUUAAAUCUUGCCUGUGCAUUAGAUUAAAACACAGCCCGUCGUCAAAAAAACCAGAUAACUAUUAUGAUCCGGAUGCUGUAAAUGAAAAUCCGUUGCAUAGAUGCAAGAGGUUUUUCAAGAGGGACCUUCAAGAAAUAGCUAGGCUAUUUAAUGAUCCAUUCGGUCAAUACCAAGAUGAUAAAAUAUUUCCGAAAACUGUAGACGUAAUGAUAAUUGGUGGAGGUGUAAUUGGUUCAUCUAUCGCUUAUUGGCUUCAAAAUAAAUGUAGAGACGGACUGACAAUUGCUGUUGUUGAAAAAGAUUUAUCGGUAAAUAAAACUGUUAUGACUGCUGAAGAGGUAUUGUAAUACAUUAAAUAUUAAUACCUGUAAUAUAACAAAAAACUAUUAAUUGUAAAUUAGUUUUCUGUGUAUUUGUACAUAGACUCUUUAUAAUAAUAUGUUUGAUACAUUGUUUUAAGAAAGAUAAAACUUAAAAUAAUUUGAUUGAUAACAAAAAUCAUUUGACACAUUUGACUGUCAUAUGACUAAAUGCUUCUAUAGACAAUAUACAUAUAGCUAUAGACAUUCAUUUUAAAAUUGUAUUUUUAACUACAAUUUAAUUCUGGGUACCUAUUAUUGUUAUGUGUGAUCUAACAGCUACAUAGCAGUGAUAUUUGAUGUAACAUUUUUUUUUAAAUAUAUUUACGUGCAUAACAUGAUAUGAUUAUUAUUUAUUAUUGGUAUAAUUAAGAUAAAUACCUAAGCCUAUAAGACAAAAAUGUAUCACAAUUUAAAAGUUACACUAACACAAUAAUUGGUUUCUCAUGCUUAGUCACUUGCAUUAUUUUUUUCUGUUCACAUUUUCAGUUUUUGUUGUAACAUACUUUUAAUAUCACUAUUAUAUUUCAAUAAUCAAUUUUGGUUAAAAUGAACUUUGCCACACAACUCACAAAUUUCAAAGUUGUUUUUUAUUUUUUUUUGUAAAUCAUUAAAGAAGUUAUUGUGAAAACAAUUUUUUUUUAAAUGUUUUUUGACACUGAAGAUAAUGCUGCAAUACAAAUUUUUUAUGUAUAAAUAUUUUGGAAGUUAUAAAAUUAUAAAGUUCUGAUAUAAACAGUCCGAGUGAGUGUAGCAAUUGAGUGACUUUGUUGGAUCUUCAUGUACAUCCAAAAUAGAUUAUUUUUUUCCCAUAUUAAUUAUCCGAUGUGCAGGGGCGGAUCUAGAAAUAUGUAAUGGAGGAGGGCUAAUUUGUAUUUACAGAAAGGCAAAUUAUAAAAUUCUAGUAAAUACAUUUGUAUAUUAGUUAUAAUAUAUUUUAAAAUAUGAAAAUAUGAAAAUUAAUAAAUUCAUUAGUCUGUUGACCAAUCUUCAAUUGUCAUUAGCUUUUGCUUUUGUCAAGAAAAUCUGUUUAUGUCUUCUUUGAUGUCAAUGGAUAUUAUCAUAAAAAUAGUUAAGACACAAAUUCUAAUUGACUAACUAUGAGUCAUAUAAAGAUGAUUAGGGUUUUAGAAAGUUUGAUAACAUUCCAGGUUAAAUACCAGGCAUCGAUAUCGAACAAUUGUUGUUGUUUGAACAUAAUAAAUUAUAUUUAUAUAAUAUAUAACAUGUCCAAAAGGGGGGGGGGGGUUAAGCUCCUUCCCCCCUUGGAUCCUCGCCUGGUUUUGUAUAAUAAAUCAAGUGUUAUAUUCGAUUUUUAUAGUCCAAAGUUUUUUGAUUAUGAAAAUUAUUUUUAUUUUUUUACAGUAUGCAAAAGCAUCUACAGUACUGUCUUGUGGAGGAAUUCGAGAACAAUUCUCACUCAUAGAAAACAUUAAAUUAUCUAAAUUCAGUGCUGAAUUCCUUCGUGAUAUCAAAGAUUAUUUAUCUAUUCCAGGACAACAUCCUCCAGAAAUCAAUUUCAAUCCAUCUGGCUAUUUAUUUUUGGCUACGAAAAAUGGUGCAGAUACUAUGUUGGAAAAUCAUGAAGUACAAAAGUAUGAUCUCUUUGACUUAUGACAAUGAAUAUUGGUUAUUUUUAAUUUAAUUAAUUUUAUGUUUUAGAGAAUCAGGAGCUAAUGUUGAAUUAUUAUCACAAGAUUUGCUAAAAAAAAGAUUUCCUUGGUUAAAUGUAGAUGAUAUUGAAUUAGGAAGCCUUGGAAAAUUAAACUCUGGAUGGUAAUAAAACUAUAAUAAUUUUAAGUUGUUGUCAUUAAUAUUUAACUUCUUUAGGUUUGAUCCUUGGUCUUUAUUGAAUGCAUUAAGAAAAAAAGCUAUAUCACUUGGGACAUAUUAUAUUGAGGCCGAAGUACUUGAUUUUGGAUUUAAAAUAGACACAAGUAUAUCAGCAGAAGAAGACCCCAAUAAAGAAUAUGAAGGAAUAAAUAGUAUAAAAGUAUGUACUAAUGUAACAUAAUUUAUUUAGAAAACUAUAAAAACACAAUUAAAAAAAAAUGUCACUCAGUAUAUAAAUUGAGUUAACAAAUAAUAUUGAUUUUCAUAUUUUGUAAUAAAUUAAUUUAGAUUCUGAGUGGAAGAAUAUAUUGUUUUUACUAUAAUUUUUUUAUUUUGUUUUUGAUUUGUUUCUGUAAACUUUUCUAUCAAAAAACUUAUUCCGAACAAAAAUUUUCAAAUGAUCUCUUUUUGGUAAAUUUUGGAUCUUUCGAUUUCAUGGUUGUAAAAUUGGUACAUUUUUUCAAGGGGUUUUUCAUAAUAAUUGGGAAAUACCAAAAAAAAAUUUUAGAUAAAAUGUACAAAUAUUUAGACAGGUUUCUUAUAUUAGCAUUUUGUAGACAUGAUUUCAAAAUAUUCUGGCAAAUUUUAAGCUAUUUUUAGAUAUACAAUAAUUAAUUUUGUUAAAAAUCUUAUUUAAAAAGUACUUGUAAAUACAAUUGUUUGACCAAAAAAAUGCAUGAAAAUUUUAUAUGACAUUUAUUAUAAGUUGUACUUAAGGAAAAAAAUGUUGAGUGUAAUGUAAGUUUUUCUUGUAUGAGAGUUUUAAAAUCAAAUUUUGAAGAAAAUCAUAAAAAGUAAUGGUAUUUCAAAAUAUGUGUAUCUGAACUUCGCUCAGAAUCAUACUUCAUUAGCAAUUUUAUCAUGGUUUACACAUUAAAAUUUAAUAUCCUACCUAACUAAUAUUAAAUAAUUUACAUUUUCCAUAAUAAUUGCUUAUAUUAUUUCUACUUUCUUCAGUUAUAUCAUUAAAUAUCUGUAUCAUAAUUAACUUUUAGGUAAAAUUAGCAGAUGGUAAAAUACAACAAUUAACCUUUGGCAUAUGUAUAAUAGCGGCUGGUGCUGAAUCAGGAAAUAUUGCUCAAAUGGCCAAAGUUGGAACUGGAAAGGGUUUUUUGGCUACUCCACUACCUGUUGAACCCCGGUAAUUUUUAUUUAAAGUGUUUGUGUACUUUUAAGUUUUUAAUAAAUAUUUUAAUUUUUCUUUUAUUUCCCAGAAAACGAUUUGUUUACUAUUGCCAUGCUCCCAAAGGUCCUGCAUUGUCACCAAUGGUAAUUGAUCCAUCAGGAGUUUAUUUUAGGUAUAUUAUUUGAUUUUAUUAUUUAUUUAAAUAAAAUAUAAGAUAACUCCAAAGCCAAUUCACAAAAUAAUGGAGUAGGUACAAAAUAUUGCUCAUUUUUUUUUUAUUUUCAAACAUUUCUGUUUGGUUUAACAAUUUUAUCUAUAGCGUACCUAUUGAACAAAAAUAUAGUAAAAAUUGACAAAAUUCAAAUGUCUACAAACAGCUUAAAAGUUUUGAAAAUUUUACCACAUCUAGAAAAGACAAACUUAAGUCUUCUGUCCAAAUUUCAAGUCUCUACAAAUAUUUAAACUGAAUUAUAACAAAAGAACAAAAUUAAAAGUAUUAAGAUUUCCUGUUUUCCCAAUUAUUAAGAAAACUCCUUGGAAAAUUAUAAAAAUGACCUCUUUAAAGUAUCGAGUAGAUACAAUUUUUUUCAAAAAAUGUGCUACUUUGAUACACCAGAAUAUGAUUUCUUAUAGAAAAGAAAAAUAAAUAACAAUAAACAUCACUAUAAAACCAAUAUAUUCCUGGCCAUGCUCCAAAUCUUAAAAUUAAUAUUGUAUUUAAUUUAUUCAUAUUUUAUCAAUAAACCUUUUCAAAUUUAUAAUGCUACUAUAACAAGAAUUCAACUUUUGGAUCCUAGUUGGUUGAGAUUAGUUUCUGUGCAUUUUUGUUAAGUUGAUAUUUGUUAUAACAAUCAUGAUCAUCCUCGACUUAAAAAAUAAUUAUACUUUUUUUAGUUAAUUAAAAAACGAAAUAUUUAGAAAUGGAAUAUAGUUUGUUAUUUAUUUAGAUGUUUGUUAUUUAUUUAGAUGUUUGUUAUUUAAAUAUAAUAUAAUAUAUAUCAUUUCUAAUUAUAGGUACCUAUUUAGGUUGAAGUUGGCCAGCUCUUUUAAAAAUAUAUACUGAUAUUAUGUUUAAGAAAAUCUAACAUAUUUCAUGUUACAAAAUAUAAUUAAUAACUAAAUUAACUAUGAAUUGUAAAAUUAUAAAACAUUUACAUUUCUGAACUGUUAAAAUUUAGGCCUGAUAGCUUUGAUAACCAUUAUUUAUGUGGUAAAUCACCUAAGGAUUCUGAAGAACCAGAUUCGUCCAAUUUAGAUGUAGAUCAUGAUUUUUUUGAAAAAGAAAUUUGGCCACAUCUUGCUCAUAGAGUUCCUGCAUUUGAAGAAAUAAAGGUAAACAGUUUUAAAAUUUAAAAUCUCAUUUUAAAAAUAAUUUGUGAUGUGAUGAACUGUUCAAAAAUAAAACAGAAAAUUGCAAAUAAUUUAACUGAACCAAAUACCCAAUAGUUUGGUAUGAAAAUCAUUUGAUGCUGAUUCUGCAUUGUCAUCGAUACAAUUUUUAGUAGUAAAACAGAGCGUUGAUAUGAAAAAACAAUUCUUUUUUUUUCAUAUUAGUAGGUCUCAUAAUCAUAAAUAUCACUGAGCCGAGCAGAUUAAGAACCUAGGUUUUUGACCUAACUUAAUCUUUUUACUUUUUUAAUGUUAUUGUUUCUGGUUUAAUAAAUAUUUUAAAAGUUCAGUUCAGAUUUUUUUUUAGUUUUAAGGAAAUUAUGGUUCAGUUCAACUUUAAAAAUUAGUAACAUCUCUAAAAAUGAUACAAGUGAAGUAAACUAGAUUUUUAAUACAUUUUUAUCAUUCAUAUUAGAGUUAUCAUAAAUAAAUAGGGAAGAAAUAAAAAAUUUGUUGUUUUGUGUUAAUAAAUUAUUUAAUUAUUUGUAAAUAAUAUGAAAAGGAAAAUAAUUAUAAAAUACUUAUGCUGUAAAAUUGAAUGACAAGUUAAGGUAACAAUAUUUUAUUGAUCUAAAAAGUAUAUAAAGUUAAACAAAUUUUAAUUAUUCUAAUAUAAAUAUAAUGUUUUUUUUUCACAUAUAAAAUAUUACAAUUUAUAAAAAAUAAUAGAUGUCAUGAUAUAUGUAAAGUAACAUUGUUCCUCUGUCCAUAACUAAAAAUAAUUUUUUAGUAAGUCAAACAUUUAUUUUGCAACAUUUGUUCUGAUUAAGAAAAAGUUUUGAGUACAGACUUUAAAACAAAUAAUUUAUCACAUUAAACAAUUUAAAAAUAAAUAUAUAGUGUAUACAUUUUUUUAAUUCAAAAUUAUAUAUUACAUAUAUGUAUGCAUAAUUUAUAAUACAUUACUAAUUAUUAUUUUACAGGUAAAAAGUAGUUGGGCUGGAUAUUAUGAUUAUAAUUGGUAUGAUCAAAAUGCUAUUGUAGGACCUCAUCCGAGUUAUUUUAAUUUAUUCUUUGCUACUGGUUUUAGUGGACAUGGUAAGUAUAUAUGGUGAUACAUUUAUCCAUAAUCUAGUAAUUUUCUCAGAGGAUUUUAAGUGAUAUUAAUUAAUAUUUGUCAUUAUAGAAUUGUUUAAUACAUUUAAUGCAUAAUUGAUAUUGAGUUUGGGUAAAAUAAAUGUUAUAGAACAUAUGCUUAAAUGACUAUAAUAAUUAAAAUAAAAAUAAUAACAAAUAAAAAUUAAAUUCACCUUUUCCUCUUAGAAAAUUACUGUAUGGAUCAUUCUGUAUUAUAUUUUUAAAACAACUUAUAGGAUUAACUAAAAAGGAAAUAUAAAUUAUAUUAUGUAUAUAUAUUAGGCAUACAACAAGCACCUGCUAUUGGUCGAGCUAUGAUGGAAAUGAUUACUGAAAGUGGAUAUAAUUCUAUAGACCUUACUAGACUUGGGUUUAGCCGACUAAUUGCUGAACAACCAUUAUAUGAAAAGAACAUAGUGUGAAACUUAUACAUUAGUAUUUUAAUGAUUUUUUUUAGAUAAAGUGCAUAUUGAUAUUUAUUAUUUAUAAAACUUGGCAUUAUCUAAGUACUGAUAGAGUUUGUAUUUUCAUUUCAACAUUUUAAAAAAUAAAAAUAUAAUUGAUGUUAAGUAAAUCAUUACAAUUGUAUAUUCAAAAGGCAUGUGACAAAUUUGAACAGCAUAACUAUCCGUAGUAAAUGUUGCCUGAAAAUAAAUAUUUGCUAUUAUUCCUUGCAAAGUAUUGUAAAUGAAAAAAUAAAAUAUAACUGUUAAUAGGUGGUUUACAUUAAACUUACAAGCAAAUAAUUGGGAUUAUAUUUAUUUCUCCAACUAAAUGAAGAUACACUAAAUUCAUCUAUUCCAUUUGUAUGCUUUAUAUGACAUCCAUGAUGAGUAUGACCACCAAAAACCAGACGAGGUUUUAUCAUUUUCAAUAACUGUAAUUAAAACAAAAUUAUUGUAAUAUAAUUUUAUAUUAUGUAAUACUGAUGUAAAUACAUACAAUGUAUUUAUGUUUCCAUGUUAUUUUAUUUUAUUUUUUUACUAAAAAACUAUAGACUAU